UCAACUCCUCAACUCUUGAACUCGUCAACUCCCGUCUUCCGCUUCUACCCGAUUACUGCCUCACCGCAUAACCGCCUUGGUUCCGCCUUACUUCGACGUGCCGCGACUGCUUUCCCCGCGACUUCCCCGCGAAAUCUAUAUUUCGUCACCAUGUACUCCUGCGCCAACUACCCCCGUGGCUGCCGGGGUCGCGUCAACCGUCAGGGCGCCAAAUGCUCCGACUGCGUCACUUUGAACCUCCGACGCCCAGCGUCCGCAUCCCCUUUUGCGCAACCGCGCGACUACAAGCGCCAGCUUCCCUCGCAACUCCUCACCGACUUCUCAAAGGAUAUCCCAGAGCUGUAG